AUGGCUGGACUGGAUUCUAUGGUUGAACUUGAUAUUUUGGUUACUGCGGUUGUUGCUACAGGUGGUGCUACGGUGGGUGCUACGGUAGGUGCUACGGUAGGUGCUACGGUGGGUGCAUCGGUGGGUGCGUCGGUGGGUGCGUCGGUGGGUGCGUCGGUGGGUGCGUCGGUGGGUGCGUCAGUGGGCGCUACGGUGGGCGCUACGGUGGGUGCUACAGUAGCUCCUUUCGACUGCUUUGGUGCUUUCUCACAGAAGCCGUUGCUAGUGCAAACUUGGCCUGCCUUACAGCAAGUACCGUCUCCGCAAUCUACACUACGACAACAUAUAUCAAUGUCUGGACAUUUGACAUAUCCAGCUGAGCAUUUGACAUCCCUUGUUACCAAAGUUGAGUUUAUAGGGAGUGUCUCAGCAGAAUUUCGUCUAAAAAUUAGGCCAUCAAACAAUACGCUUCUUCUUAAUUGCGGGGCUGUCGUAGCAAAAGAAAGAUUGCUGAAGGUUACAAUGGCGAGAGCAAGUAUUAAAUGA